AUGUCGACGACGACGGCGGAGCGCACGCGAAACGUCGCCGUCAUCGCGCACGUCGACCACGGGAAGACGACGCUCAUGGACGCUUUGAUGAAGCGCGCGUCGGGUGGCGCGUCGUCGGAUGAGCGAGCGAUGGAUUCGAGAUCUUUGGAGAAAGAGCGAGGGAUCACGAUCUCGGCAAAGUACACGAGCUUACAUUUUGAGCUCGAGGGAUCCGGGGGGUACGUGGUGAACGCGGUGGACACGCCGGGACACGCCGAUUUCGGCGGCGAAGUCGAGCGCGCGCUCGACAUGGUGGACGGGUGCUUGUUGUUGAUCGAUCCGAGCGAGGGUGUGAUGGCGCAGACGAAAUUCGUGCUCAGAAAGGCGUUAAAGAAGGGAUUGAAGCCCAUCGUGGUUUUUAAUAAGGUGGAUCGAGACGGUGUCACGGAGGCGUCGUGCGCAAAAGUGGAGACGGAAGUAUUUGAUUUAAUGGCAGCGCUCGGCGCGAAUGACGAACAACUAGACUUUCCGGUGGCGUACGCCUCGGCCCGAGCGGGUGCCGCGUCUUCGAUCUCGGUCAACGACGCACAGCGUCAAAUCAUCGAAAAUAGAGCCAGCGUUGACGCCAUAUUGCGACUCGUAUGCGAUCGCGUGCCGCCGCCGAGCGGAGAUGCGAACGAGCCAUUCUCGAUGCUGGUAUCAAUGAUCGAUCGUGAUCCAUUCCUCGGACGCGUCGUCACCGGACGCGUCGUCAACGGUUCGCUCAAAGUAGGGGAUAGAAUUAACGCCUUAAAGCUCGCGGAUGGUAGCGUUCGAGAGACGGCGCGAGUCCAAAAAAUCUUCACGUCAAAAUCUCUGAGCCGGGUGGAAAUCGAUCGAUGCGUCUCCGGCGACAUUGUCACCAUAGCCGGCUUCUCCGGAGCCACGGUCACGGACACACUGUGCGACGUAAGCGUCGUAGAUCCAUUAGCAUCGACGCCAAUCGAUCCGCCGACGCUUCGUAUGAUGUUCAGCGUGAACGAUUCGAGCUUGGCGGGAAAGGAAGGCAAGCAGCUAACAGAACGCCAAAUCGAGGAACGGUUGCGCGCAGAGGCCGAGACCGACGUCGCCCUUCGCGUGGAGCCACAAGCUGGACGAGGGAUCGAAGUUCAAGGACGAGGAGAAUUGCACCUCGGUGUGCUGAUCGAAACUAUGCGACGCGAGGGCUUUGAGUUGAGCGUCUCGCCCCCUACUGUGAUUUACGCAACGGAUGAAGACGGACGAAAGACGGAACCACUCGAAGAAUUGAUACUCGAGGUGGACGCGAACGACGUUGGGACGGUCAUUGAAGCCGUAACCCAUCGUAAGGGUGAGCUCAGCGAUAUGGAGCCGAACGCGGGCGAAGAAGGUCGCACGCGUCUGGUCUUUGUCGCGCCUUCGCGCGGUUUAAUCGGCUUUCGCCAAGAUUUCAUCAACGCGACGCGAGGUACAGGGUUGAUGCAGCGCGCGUUCCACUCCUACGGCGCGGCACGGGGAAAGAUGGACAAGGUGAGAAAAGGCAUGUUGAUCUCCACCACGUCCGGCGUCACGACGACGUACGCGCUUGGCGCGCUCGAACCGCGAGGGACGCUCUUCGUCGGCCCGGCGGAGGAAGUGUACGAAGGGAUGAUUAUCGGCGAACACUCGCGAGAGAACAACUUAGAAGUGAACCCGACCAAGGAGAAAAAACUUACGAACGUUCGAGCCGAUGGAAAAGACGACACUGUUCGAUUGACUCCUCCGAAGGCGAUCAAUCUCGAAGAGGCGAUAGGGUACGUCGCCGAGGAUGAACUCAUCGAGGUCACGCCAAAGGUCAUUCGUCUUCGCAAGGCUGAGACAUCGAGCUCGAUGCGCCGUCGUAACUCUAGGCACGCGAGCGCGUAG